AUGAAAUGCAGGGUGUGGUCAGAGGCUCGUGUUUAUACGAAUAUCAACAAGCAGAGAACCGAAGAAUAUUGGGACUACGAGAACACUACAAUUGAUUGGUCCACAAAUACAAAAAGCUAUGAAAUUGAAAAUAAAGUGGGGCGAGGGAAGUAUUCUGAGGUAUUCCAAGGUGUCAAAUUAGACUCUAGAGUCAAAAUUGUCAUUAAAAUGUUGAAACCCGUUAAAAAAAAGAAAAUUAAGAGAGAGAUUAAAAUUUUAACAGAUUUAUCCAACGAAAAAGUACCUCCAACAACUUUGCCAUUUCAAAAAGAUCAAUAUUACACAAAUCAAAAGGAGGAUGUUGCUGAAUUUACCAGACCUUAUAUUUUUGAUCUGGCACACAACGGCCAUGCUAAUAUAAUUCAUCUCUUUGAUAUAAUAAAGGACCCAAUCUCUAGAACCCCAGCAUUAGUCUUUGAACAUGUCGAUAAUGUGGAUUUCCGUAUUCUUUACCCUAAAUUAACUGACCUGGAAAUUAGAUUUUAUAUGUUUGAAUUAUUAAAAGCGUUAGAUUAUUGUCAUUCAAUGGGGAUAAUGCAUAGAGAUGUUAAGCCUCAUAAUGUGAUGAUCGAUCAUAAGAAUAAAAAGUUGCGAUUAAUCGAUUGGGGAUUGGCUGAAUUUUAUCAUGUUAAUAUGGAAUACAAUGUUCGUGUGGCAUCCAGAUUCUUCAAGGGUCCAGAGCUACUAGUAGAUUACAGAAUGUAUGAUUAUUCCUUAGAUUUAUGGUCGUUUGGAACAAUGCUAGCCUCCAUGGUCUUCAAGAAAGAACCUUUUUUUCAUGGAACCAGUAACACAGAUCAGCUUGUCAAGAUUGUCAAAGUCCUUGGUACAAAUGACUUUGAAAAAUAUCUUUUGAAAUAUGAGAUCACUUUACCGAGAGAGUUUUACGAUAUGGACCAAUACAUCAGAAAGCCUUGGCAUAGAUUCAUUAAUGAUAGUAACAAACACUUAAGUAGUAACGAUGAAAUUAUCGAUCUGAUUGAUAAUCUGUUGAGAUAUGACCAUCAAGAAAGAUUAACUGCUAAAGAAGCGAUGGGCCACCCGUGGUUUGCCCCAAUAAGAGAACAAAUUGCAAAAUAG